UCCUCCCAGUCGUCGGUAUUGUAAAGAUGGCGUCUAUCAUGGAGGGGCCACUGAGCAAGUGGACUAACGUCAUGAAAGGUUGGCAGUACCGCUGGUUUGUGUUGGACUACAACGCUGGCCUACUGUCUUACUACACGUCAAAGGACAAGAUGAUGCGAGGAUCCAGAAGAGGCUGUGUGCGACUUCGGUGCUAUGCUCAUGUGUUUGUGAGGGAGAAAGAUACGGCAGAAGGAGAUGAGCCAUUUGAAGGUGUUGAGAUUGGAGAAAAGGGCGCUGUGAUCGGCAUUGAUGACGAGGACGACAGCACUUUCACCAUCACAGUGGACCAGAAGACUUUCCAUUUCCAAGCCCGAGAUGCGGACGAGCGAGAGAAGUGGAUCCACGCCUUAGAGGGAACGAUCUUGCGGCACACCCAACUCCGGGAGGCACAGACAGAAUUUGUACCAAGCGUCCAAGACUUUGACAGAAAACUUGCUGAAGCUGAUGCCUAUCUACAGAUUCUGAUCGACCAGUUAAAGCUUUUUGAUGAGAAGAUCAAGGACUGCAAAGAGGAUGAAUCUCGCAGGAAAAUUGAAAGUUUGAAGGAGACUACUUGUAGUAUGGUAGAGUCCAUCAAGCACUGUAUUGUUCUGCUGCAAAUUGCCAAGGACCAAAGUAACGAACAGCAACACGCAAACGGACUAAUAAGCACCAUCAACCCCGUGGAUGGGAUCUACCAGCCGCCUCUGGACACUCCUGUAGCCAACACCACGAUGCCAACACAGACCACUCUCCCCACAGAUGCUUCUCAGGUGUGUAAAUCAGACCAGCGACCUUCAACGUUACCUGUUGGUCCUGUAGUCACUGUGAUGGGCAGUUUGCAGACCCCUACACCCAACAGCACAGGGAGCGGCCCCUCAGGCCCCAACAGCGGCGUCACCUCGCCAUCUCUCAUCCCCCUCCCCUCACACUCGGUGCCGGACUUCUCGUAUUCCUCCAGCGAGGAUGAGUUUUACGACGCGGACGAGUUCUACCAGAGCACCACUUCCCCCAAACACUGUUUGAAGCGUCCCGAUGCCCUCAGUCCCUCAGGACCCCCGGCUGCCUCGUCCCUUCAUAAUGAAGAAACAGCAUUGAAGAGACCAGACACAACAGAAUCCCUCAACUCGACUAUGUCAAACGGGACCACAGAACCAGAUCCGUUCGACAGCCACGACGACCGUGACGAUGAUGGGGAGGGCGAGUCGGUAGAGGAGCACAAAAGCGUCAUCAUGCACCUGCUCUCGCAAGUCCGUCUAGGGAUGGAUCUCACCAAGGUGGUCCUGCCUACCUUCAUCCUAGAAAGGAGAUCUUUGUUAGAAAUGUAUGCUGACUUCUUUGCACAUCCAGACUUAUUUGUCAGUAUCGCCGAGCAGGCGGAUCCCCGUGAGCGCAUGGUUCACGUGGUCAAAUGGUACCUGUCCGCUUUCCACGCGGGCAGGAAAGGCUCAGUGGCCAAGAAGCCUUACAACCCCAUCCUGGGAGAGGUCUUCUUCUGUCACUGGGAUCUGCCUUGCAAAACUGAGGAGCCCUCCGCCCCUGUGACAUCUUCUCCUGCUCCUGUGCAGGACACACUAUCAGAUGGUCCAGUUCCAUGGUCUUCGCCCAACAAUGUGUCUUUUGUGGCAGAGCAGGUCUCUCAUCACCCACCCAUUUCUGCAUUCUACGCAGAAUGUUUAAGUAAGAAGAUCCAGUUCAAUGCUCACAUCUGGACCAAGUCUAAGUUUCUUGGCAUGUCCAUCGGGGUUUAUAAUAUUGGACAAGGCUGCGUUUCCUGUUUAGAACACGAUGAACAUUACAUCCUCAACUUUCCCAACGGAUACGGCAGGUCCAUUUUGACCGUGCCCUGGGUUGAGCUGGGCGGCGAGUGCAACAUCUCGUGCUCCAAAUCAGGCUACAGCGCCAACAUCGUGUUCCACACCAAACCCUUCUACGGCGGCAAGAAGCAUAGAAUCACGGCAGAGAUAUUUGCACCGAAUGAUAAGAAGUCUUUCUGCUCCAUUGAAGGCGAAUGGAACGGAGUGAUGUUUGCCAAGUGGCCCACAGGAGAGAACACACCAUUCAUUGACACUAAGAGAAUGGGCAUCAUGAAGAAGAAAGUCAGGAAGCUCGAAGACCAGCUACUAUAUGAGUCUCGAAGACUUUGGAGAGACGUGACCCUCAACCUGAAGCUCAAAGACAUCGACGCCGCCACGGAAGCCAAACAUCGGCUGGAGGAGAAGCAGAGACUGGAAGCCAGGGAGAGGAAAGAGAACGAGCAACAGUGGGAGACCAGGCUAUUCCACGAGGACGGCGAGUGCUGGGUGUACGACGAGCCGCUAUUAAAGAGACUAGCUUCUCCUCGACCCUGAGAGGAGCGACGCGCGUACACCCCCUCCGACCCCCUCGCACUACUUGCUCUAAGAUUGAACGCACACUGCAGAGUCUUUAUAAGAACUCUUUAGCAAAGACCACUUGUUCGCCGAGCCAAGGGCUGACUGACCGCCGAUGGCAUUGUGUACGCAGCUUUGUAAAACCAUGGAAAUGUAUGAAAUUAAAACGGAAAGCACCUCAGAUGUAUCGAGACAAUUUGUAACGCUUGACUCCUUAAUAGAGCGGCCCCGGUUCACAGCCAGGCCACUCGCUCCCUUCAUCGAGGGCGUUGAAAUCGAAUAACAAGCUUUUCAUGUAAAACCGAGCUUGACAUCUCAGGGAAUCCGGUGACCGAAGAAAGAAAGUCCCCUCCAGGAGUCUGGCAGCCUUAUGAUGAUAAUGAUGAUGAUGAUGAUGAUGAUGAUGAUGGAAUGGUUGAACCUUAACUAUGCGGAGAAGAUAUUUCUCUGCUUGCCUGCAACUCAUUAUAACUGUUUAUAUAUAGAUAUACAUAUGAUGCAUAUAUUCUUUUUUAUUUUUCUUUCUGGCAAUAGUGUACAAUAUUUGAUCAUAAUGAAACUUUUAAGGAAGUAUCCAAUGGUCACGUUUGAUGUUCUGCUCUCAUUUCAAAUUAGUUUGGUCCUUUUUUUCAUUGUAGGACACAGUUAAGAUCCACACAAGCCAUAGCAUCUGAACACGCUGAUAUAAAUAUAUUUAUGCAAUCUAAAGUAUCAGCGAUGUUUGCUGAAGAUGAAAGUGCAUAGAGCAAUCCUAUGACUAUGUUUCUAUGUAACCCGGAGGCAUUUAUGAACAAAUGAUUGUGGCUUUUUUUAAUAGUGCUGCUACAGUUCAUUUAGCUUUUUUUUUUUUUUUUUUUUUUGCCACCGAAGUUGUGAUCAACACAGGGAUCAUAUUCCACUCUACAUGUCAAUUUUUCUUUUCCUGAGAUAGUAUUUUAGUUACAGUGAAGUAGACGAUGGAUCAAAAUGCAAUGGAUGAGAUAUAAUAAUAAAUUCCACCUGAAAAUACUAAAGAA